AUGGAUUCGCUCAAGCGUCUGGUUCACUUGGAAUCACCAUGUAUCUGGAGCUUCGAAGACCGACUGCUAAUCUACGCGGCCCAGGAAAAUAGGUAUGAAUUGGUAGACCUGCUGAAAUAUCUAUGGGCUGGCCACUGCAUAUCUUCUCGGAGAAUUCAGUCGUUCCUACUGAAAAUGCUCUUGGGAGCAAUCAAGCACAGAAAUGAAGCAUUUUGCUUGAGACUCUUGCAAGGAAAGAUCUGGAACGACGAGGAUCAAACGAUCCACAUCGAUUACCUUAUUGGUCAAGGACUUCUGCGGUCCAGCAGCGCAAUAUCUGCCAAGCGUAUUUCCACUUCUUGCUCGGAUGCCCGCGAGCGAGAAAACCCAAGUUCUGCCAUGGGCUGUUUAGGCCGGGCUGAAGGGGCCAACAUCAACGCCAUAGAUGGCAAAUACGAAGCAUGUUGGAAUGCGAUUGGCUACGCCAUUAAUAGGGACGAUCUUUCGUUAACACAGUUUUUGCUGCGAAAUGGCGCUUACCCUGAAUUCUAUGGCGAACGGGUGAAAUGUUUGCCUCCAUUGUUGCUCGCCGCCAAAGUGGGCAACCCGGACAUCUGUAAGCUGUUGCUGCAGGAAGGUGCCGACGUGGAUUCGAACACAUACAAGCCAAUUUUCCGACCCUUUCCCCUUGGUAUCCAUGAUUUGAUUGUUGCCCGAGACUGCGAAAAUCUGGUGCAGGCGGCUAUAUACGCCAACCAAACAGGCGUUUUAGAAUACCUCAUACAGCAUGGCGCAAAUCAAUCCGGCUCGAAUGGCUGUGCACCACUUGCUUUUGCGGCAUUCACUGGUCUUCGUGAAGCUGUCGAGAUCCUUAUUCGGCAUGGGGCACAUAUACACGAAUAUUCUAAAGUUAACGGAUCCAAAACUGCCCUACAAGCGGUUUGCUUCAAUGGAGACAUUGACAUUAUAUCAAUUUUAGUUUACGCUGGCGCCAGGAUCAGUGACCCUGCCUGCGGGUAUGCGGGUAGAAGGGCACUACAAUCUGCGGCCCUGAGUGGAAAUAUCGCGAUUGUGACUUUCUUGCUGGAAAUGGGUGCGGACGUCAACGCUCCCUGUGCUCCGACAGGUUGCCUCUCAACUUUGCAAGCAGCUGUUCUCUGUAAAGAAGAGGAGCUGGAAGAACUCCUGCUACGGUGGUGCGCGGACGUCAAUGGGAACAUCGCCAGGGAAGAUGGACGAACCGCAGUAGUGGGCGGCCGUCGAAGCAGAUUCAGAGUUGAUAUUCGGGCGUUUGAUCGCAGCAGGUGCAGACCUUUCUCCUGUCGAAAUGGAAGACGGAAGUCACUGUUACCCUUUUAUCAAAGCAACACAAUAUGGUUCCAUGAAGUCCGUCCAAAUGCUCUUCGAUCUCGGAAUCGACAUCGACGUCCGCCUAAACUCUGGGUUUUCUCUCGCUGGAAAAGCUAUACGAUACGUCGCAAGGGGAAGUGGGCGAUGGAGAUUGUACGCACAAUUCUCCAGCACAGCUCUGCUAUCCGACUUUCCUGUUGCGGGAGUCGAAAACUCCUGGAUAUGUGGGAUGGGGUUGACGUAAGCUUCAUUCGGACACUCGCAGAUAGAAGGUUGGGUAUUGACACAGAAGUUGAAGAAGAUCCUUUCCGAGAUUACAGAUCAUUCUUGCAAAAAGCGUGUCAAAAAGGGAGUUCAGAGGCUCUUGAAUAUCUUCUCUUAGGAGGUGCGGACCCCAACAGGCCUCACGCUUCAGAUUCGGGGAGUACGGCUCUUCAAUUUGCGGUCAGGAAAGGAAACUGUGACAUUGUCAAGUUGCUGCUGCGACAUGGAGCAGACGUCAAUGUGCCUGCUGCUCAUAACUGCGGGCGUACAGCUUUGAAAGUGGCAAGUGAAGUCGGGGAUGUACAAUUUGUGGAAUUACUCCUCGACCAUGGAGCAAAUGUUGACGCCCCGGCUAGCAAAUAUUAUGGAGUUACCGCUCUUCAAGCUGGCGCAAUUGAGGGCUACAUGCCAAUUGCGCAGCUGAUUCUUGCAGCUGGAGCGGAUGUGGGUGCCCCCGAAGCGGAGGAAGACGGCAGAACAGCGAUCAAUGGCGCGGCUGAAAUGGGUCGGUUGGACAUGGUCAAGCUAUUGCUCGAUCAUUAUCAGCUCAAGGAUGGCGAAUCGCUCUCGGGUAUCUGCGAGAAGGCCGCCGAGUACGCCAGGGUUGACAAUCAUUGGGCUGUUGUGAAACUUCUGGAAACCUACCAGAGGUUCCAGCAAAACCAGGGUCUAAAUCACGGUACGCAGGACGAGGCACAACUACCCGAGUCUCGAACAAAGAGAGGUAUAGACAACCAGGUGUGA